AUGUGCAAGUUGAAAGUGAUGACAGUAGUGGAGGCUGUGGGUGUCCGAACUCUGAGGAGGAUCCUGGAUGAACCUGUUCAGAUCUUGCCAAGAGGUGGAACCUCGGCCAAGACGCAGAUUUUCGUGAAGACCCAUACAGGGAAAACCAUCACACUUGAUAUUGAACCCUCAGACACUAUAGAAAGUGUAAAGGCCAAGAUCCAGGAUAAGGAAGGAAUUCCUCCUGAUCAGCAGAGGCUGAUCUUUGCUGGUAAGCAGCUGGAAGAUGGCCGUACUUUGUCUGACUACAAUAUUCAAAAGGAGUCCACCCUCCAUCUUGUGUUGAGACUUCGUGGUGGUGCUAAGGAAAGGAAGAAGAAGUCUCACACCACUCCCAAGAAGAAAAAGCAUAAGAGGAAGAAGGUUAAGUUGGCUGUACUAAAGUACUAUAAGGUGGAUGAAAAUGGCAAAAUUAGCCGUCUUCGUCGAGAGUGUCCUUCUGAUGAGUGUGGUGCUGGAGUUUUCAUGGCUAGCCACUUGGACACACAUUACUGUGGCAAGUGUUGUCUGACUUACUGCUUCAACAAACCAGAAGACAAGUAGUUGUGUAUGAAUAAAUAAAAAGACAGGAACUGAA